AGAGCCAAAGAUGUCGGCUCGAUCAUGUGAUCAGCUAGGGGACAUGUACACUGAUCAUCAGGGCACUGAUGAUCAGUGUGCCCUGAUGAUCUGUGUAGCCCCAGCAGUGCCACCUGUCAGUAUCAAUCAGUGCCAGCUGUCAGGGCUCAUCCAUGCCACCUGCCAGUGCCACAUCAAUGCCACAUUUCAGUGCCCAUCUGAGCUGCCUUUCAGUGUCACCCAUCUGUGCCUGUCAGUGCCACCUAUCAAUGCCAGUAAGUGGUGCCAGUCAGUGCUGCCUAUCAGUGUGCAUCAGUGCCCGUAAGUGCUGCCUACCAGUGCCGCCUAUCAGUGCCAGUCAGUGCCGCCUAUCAGUGCCAGUCAGUGCCCCCUAUCAGUACCAUAUGAGUGCUGCCUUUCAGUGCCCAUCAGUGAUGCCUGUCAAUGCUCAUCAGUG